AUGGAGAAACUCAACAGGACUCGCGUUGGUCGCAUCAUCGACAAGACGGCGGUGGACAGCGAGCCGGGUCUCACUGCUGGCCAGCUUAUGCUUGCGAAUCACGACCUGAAGCCUGUCGAGCCUGAACGGCGAACAUGGAGAAGUCGUAACUUUGUCGCUUUCUGGAUAAGCGACAGUUUCAACAUCAACACAUGGAUGAUCUCGUCCGCAAACAUCCUCGCUGGGAUGAGCUGGUGGCAGAGUUGGCUCUGCGUAUGGAUUGGCUACUCCAUCGCCGGUAUCUUUAUCUGCCUUACAGGUCGCAUUGGCGCGAAGUACCAUAUUGCUUUUCCUGUCGUCUGCCGCAGUUCCUUUGGCAUAUGGGGUUCUCUCUGGCCAGUGCUCAACCGUGCCGUCAUGGCGUGUAUCUGGUACGGCGUGCAGUCCUGGAUCGGAGGUACCUGUGUUUACCUAAUGAUCCGUUCGAUCUGGCCGAGUUGGGAUUCCUAUGGUCCAGACGGCAUCAAUAACUCUAUGCCAGCGUCUUCCGGCACCAACACAAGGGACUUUGUGAGCUUCUUCCUCUUCUGGCUGGGCUCGCUGCCAUUCCUUUGGUUUCCGGUCCACAAGAUCAAGCUUCUCUUCACGGUCAAGGCAUACGUUGCACCGGCCGCUGGUAUUGCUUUCUUCAUUUGGGCGAUUGUGAGAGCGAACGGCAUCGGACCAAUCGUCAAGGAACCGGCGGAGAAGUCAGGCGGCGCUCUUGGAUGGGCUAUUGUGACCGGAAUCAUGUCUUCGAUCAGCAACUUUGCGACUCUCAUUGUGAACGAUCCUGACUUCAGUCGCUUCGCACGCAAGCCAUCCGACGCUCUCUGGUCGCAGCUCUUCACGAUCCCGGUCGGCUUCGCUUUGACCAGCUUCAUCGGCAUCAUCGUCUCCUCCUCCAGCAAGGUCAUCUACGGAGAGGCCAUCUGGUCGCCCCUAGAUCUCCUUACCCUGUUCCUCAACGACGACAACGUCAGUGGUGGCACUCGCUUCGGUGUCUUUGUCAUCGCGUUCUCGUUCGUGCUUGCUCAGCUCGGUACCAAUAUUGCUGCAAACUCGAUCUCCGCCGGCACGGAUCUGACUGCCUUACUGCCUCGGUAUAUCAACAUCCGUCGCGGAUCGUACAUUUGUGCGACUAUUGGCCUAGUGAUGUGUCCAUGGCAUUUGCUAUCGUCCUCGAACAACUUCACCACCUACCUUUCCGCGUACUCGGUGUUCUUGUCUAGCAUCGCCGGUGUCAUGAUCUCCGACUACUACUUUGUCCGCAAAGGCUACCUUCAAUCCCGCGACAUCUACAGCUCCCUCAAAUCCGGACCUUACUACUACUACCACGGUGUCAGCUGGCGUGCCUACGCCGCCUAUAUCGGUGGCAUCAUGCCAAAUGUCGUUGGAUUUGCCGGUGCAGUGGGAACGCCCGUGCCCAUUGGUGCAACGUACGUCUACCGUCUCAACUUCUUCACUGGCUUUAUCGCGGCGUCGAGCAUUUACUACUUGCUCUGCAAGAUCUUCCCGAUUCCCGCUACGAGCGAUUACUGGCUCGAGUUGGACGAUGAGGCGCAGGGCACGAGUCUGGUCAUCGGUGUCGAUGGUGGGAGCGAUGAGGAGCAUGGAUAUCCCGAGACGGUGCAUGGGAAGAUGGAUUAUAAGAACUAG